UGUGACACCUCUCUCUAUCCUUCCCCAUUCCUCUUCCUCCCACUCCUCUUCCUCUUCCACCCACGCCUGACCAGUCCCAUCCGCCGCCGCGCGCUCCCGAUCCGGAGAAGCAGCUCCGCCCACGCCCGAGCCCGCUGAACCCAGCCUAGCACCCGCGCCCACCGCCCCUGUGCAGGUCCGCCUCGCCGGAGAUCCACAUCGCGUCGCUGCCCGUUCAGGAUCAGCUCAGUGCCGCCUGGCUAGGCUUGAGGAACGCAUGCCGGGAGAGCCUCCGCCGUGCCGGUGGUAGCGGCGGCGAGGCCGACGCGCCGACGACCCGUGUUCAAGGGGGCAUGCAGGAUGUGCUUCCGCAUCACCCUCUCCUCCACUUCAAGACGGCGGCCUCGGACGGGGCAGGAAUUGGAUAACACGUCCACCACCUGAUCGAGCACAGUCGCAACAGAGGAGGGCCACCUCUGCCUCGUCGUGCAGGAGAUGCUUCACUAGGUGUCGGAGCAGGUGCUUCGUGACGGCUGGGUUUAUCUACAGGUUUGUCCUUUUUGUGUUGAAUUGGAGCACAACUAGUCUCGUUUGUUUUAGCCUCAUUUGUCUUGAGAUGAACAAAUUCACAUAUAUAUAUUUGCAGUGUGAUGCGAGGCACAUGUUAAUUCAGUUACACGUAGUCUUUGAUUUAUUUGUACUCUGUUUUGCAUUCGGGUAUGUUUGUUUGUUUGAAAUAUUUGAAAAUCUGUGCCAAGGUGCCCAUAUAAGUGUUGAUUAUUCAGUAAGUCAAUAGACAAGAAAUUGUAUACCUCGUUUUCUGAUGAUGAUGGAAGUGAUAAUUUUGAUGUUCUCCCUCCUGCUGUUUUUACAUAUACUUGUAUGUCCAAAUCGUAAUUCAUGUCAUGUCAAACAUAGUUGCCAUGGCAAAUUCAUGUCAUGUUUUAGCAUUGUCGACAUACUUAGUUGCCAUGGCAAAUUCAUGUUAUGUUUUAGCAUUGGAGAGAUACUUAGUUGCCAUGUCGUUCACGUCAUGUUUUAGCAUUGGAGACAUACUUAGUUGCCAUGUCAAGUGCAUGUCAUCUUUUAGCAUUGGAGACAUACUUAGUUGGCAUGACAAAUUCAUGUCAUGUUUGUUUUCCAAACAUGGCAAGUUUACAUUUUUUUUCCAUAAUGUUCACAUGCGCAUCCAGUUUAUCUUUUUGGUUUUCAGGGGCGUAUUGUGUUUUGAAUUUGGACCAUAGCAGAAACUUUCUGUAGUCGCCAUGAUCUUUCUAUUGUAGAUUUCAUGGAAAAUUUACUAUUUACAUACAUGGCAAAAGAAUUCCCUUUAAAUACUUGGCAAAUUUACUAUUUACAUACAUGGCAAAUUUUACUCUAUUUUUGCCAUGUCAAAAUUUUACUUUUAUUUGCCAUGGCAAUUUUUUACCUUCAUUUUCCAUGGCAACUUUACUUUUAGAUACAUGGCAAAUUUACUAGAACGCACAUGGCAAUUUUUACUCUACUUUGCCAUGCUAAAAUUUUUACUUUAUUUGUUGCCAUGGCAACUUUUUACCUUUCAUUGCCAUGGGAAAUUUUACUUUAUUUUUUGCCAUACCAAAUUUCACUUUAUUUUGGCAUGGCAAAAUUUUACCUUCAUUGCCAUGUCAACUUUACUAUUAAAUACACGACAAUUUUUACUUGAACGCACAUGGUACACUGUUUUUUGUGUUUGUACACGUUGGUAAUUGUUAAUCCACAUUUCUUGCCACCAUGCACACAAUGCAAAUUUGUCAUGAUUUUUCUCUUGGUCCAUUUGCAAAACCAACAACAAAAAUGACCCUGGCAAAUUUUGCUUUUUUCUUUUAAAUUAUUCUUUUCUACCAUAUUCUGUUUUACAUGAAACAAUGGCAACUUUUCAGAUCAAACUUAAUUUCCUUUUUUUUGUCCUGUGUGUUUUUAAGUUCUGGCAUUUUUCUUAGUUUCAUAAUUAUUAUGGUCUACUCGUAUCGUCAUGGCUAAAAGCACAAUUUGUUAAUUUUUUUGCAUCCUGAUUUUUGAUAAUGAUGGCAGUUUAGAACACACACUAUGGCAAUUUUCUUUCUUUUUUGCCAUUCAAAAUCAUGUUCAUGGUUCAGUUUUUCAAUUCUUGAUAGCAGUCAGUUUUUUUUCUGUCAUAAACAAUAGCGUUGUUAAGAUGGGAGGCCCGUUCAGGAAAGACAUGUGUGCUUCGUGGUUGCGCGCUAGGGGGUUCUUCUGUUUGUUACUUGGCUUGUUUUCGUUUUCACGGGAACAUGGCCCAUAGGAGCGUUUUUGGGGGUUCGGGCUGUGGCUGUUUUGUAUCGAACGGAAUCGUUCGGCCUAAGAGAGCGCUUGUACCGAACCUUUCGUUCGGUGUGGGAGGUCCCCAGACCGAACGGUCGGUACAUAUCGGGGUCCAAAGGGAAUCAUCUAAUAUCUCGUGUUGCAGAUUGUAUUGCCAUAUCUUCUGAAUAAAGUGAGUGUGAUUUUUUUGUUUGAGAAUUGAAAACGUCCUCGUCUUUGCAUACUUUCUCUUUCCAACGGCCCGCCACGUUGAAUCUUUUCUCCUUGCACUCAUCUCACCUAACUCCUAGUCACCUUCCACCUCCUGGUCUCCUUCCGUCAACGAGAGUCGCCGGCGCAAUCGUCUUCUUUUUGCCGACUGGGCACUCUUCUGUCCGUGACCCCCUCAUUACUCCCUCGUCUCGUCGUCUCUCCUUGCCGCGGCGCCGUCUCCCUCGUCGCCGCUCUCCGCUAGACACGGCAUGUCCAGCUCGCCGGCUCCCCAAUUCAGUUGCGCGCGCGGGCCAGUCGAUCCAGGUCGCCGACGCUAGGAGGCCAGCGCGUGGUCCUCCUCUCCUCCUCCUCGCCUCCGUCGAAGCAGAAGAACUCCUCCCCUGUCCGGCACUCCGGCCUCGGCCAUGGAACACGCCCGCACCACAAGCAUCACCCGUUCUGAGCGCUCGGUGCAGCUGCUCGAGAUCCAAGGCUUCAGCACGACGGCGAGCAUGGACAGCGACGAUUUCAUCACAUCAAGAUGGAAGGUCGGCGGGUUCGAGUGGCAGCUCCGCGUCUACCCUUCAGGCCAGCCGUGCCGAAACCAUGCCAGCCCGUGGGUAGCACUGGGGCUUGUCCUCCUCCACGAAACCGUCGGUAUCAGGGCGAGCCUAGGUUGUCAGUUGGUAGAUCAGCGUGGAAAGAUCAACCCAUCUGAAGAAAAGAGGAUGUCAAGAAUAUUCUAUGAUGCCCACGACGACUCUGAUCUAGUGCCGCUCAUGGCUCGACACGAUGUAGUAAAAUCAGGGUAUCUCAAGGAUGAUACUUUGACCCUGCGAUGCACCAUCACUGUGCUCAAAGAUAUACAGAUACCCAGGAUCCCAGCCGAAGGAAUCAUCGCACUGCCAUCCACCAACUUGCACCAACACCUCGGCGCGCUCCUCCAGAGCGAGACCGGAGCCGAUGUCACCUUCAUCGUCUGCGGCGAGUCGUUCGCCGCGCACAAGGACAUACUCGCCGCGCGCUCGCCGGUUUUCAAGGCCCAGUUCUUCGGGGACAUGAAGGAGAAGUGCUCGGUGCGCUUGGAGGUCGAGGACAUGGAGGCGGCAGCUUUCAGGGCCAUGCUGCGCUUCAUCUACACGGACACGGCGCCUGAGCUUGAUCAACCGCUCGAGGAGGGGACGGCCAUGGCUCAGCAUCUUCUUGCGGCCUCCGACAGGUACGAACUAGACAGGCUCAAGCUAAUUUGCGAAAUAAAGCUCUCUGGUAGCAUUAACGUCGAGACAGCAGCGACAACUCUUGCUCUGGCAGAGCAGCACAACUGCUCGAAGCUCAAGGACAAAUGUAUUGAGUUCAUCGUGAGCACUCCUGCGGUUCUUGGCGCUGUGUUGGCGACAGAGGGCUAUAAGCACCUCGAGGCAAGCUGCCCUUUGGUCCUGACCGAGCUUCUCAAGUCUGUCCACCUGAGGAAGAGUUGAAGGGUAGCUAUAGUGCUACUGUGCUAGUCUGCUAGACUUUCAAGAUUUGAUAAUGCAGAGUCAAUAAACUUUUGUGAACUUACCUAAAAUGCAGUACUUAUAUAUGUAUGUUAUGUGCUACUUAAUGAUUUUAAUUUUCCCUCCA